AGCAGCGAGACUUUCUCUCCCAGCCGUCUGUCGUUCCCCCUGGUGUGUGACGUGCAGCAGAGCCGGCCACCAUGCCCACUGACGCCCAAAGCGACGCCCGCUCCUUCCUGAGCGAGGAGAUGAUUACAGAGUUCAAGGCUGCCUUCGACAUGUUCGACACUGACGGUGGCGGUGACAUCAGCACCAAGGAGUUGGGUACCGUGAUGAGGAUGCUGGGCCAGAACCCGUCAAGAGAGGAGUUGGAUGCCAUCAUCGAGGAGGUCGAUGAGGACGGCAGCGGCACCAUUGACUUCGAGGAGUUCUUGGUCAUGAUGGUGCAACAGCUAAAGGAGGACCAGGCCGGAAAGACUGAGGAGGAGCUAUCGGAAUGCUUCCGUAUUUUUGACAAGAAUGGAGAUGGUUUCAUCGACCGCGAGGAGUUUGGAGACAUCCUCCAUCUCACUGGAGAGCAAAUCACAGAAGAAGAGAUCGAUGAGAUGAUGGCGGACUCCGACACAAACAAAGAUGGAAAGAUCGACUUUGAUGAAUUUCUGAAAAUGAUGGAGAAUGUCCAGUAAUGACACCAACAUUCCUCAGUGGCCCUUUCCUCUCACUUCUUCUCCAGCUCGGACAGAACAGAAAGCAAAGGAAAUCAUCCUCCGACUCGGCACACCACCUGUACUCCAAGCCCAGAUGGAGCGCUACAAGAAAAUCCAAAAAAGAUUACGUGCAUCGCGUACUUUGAGAGAUAGCAAAAUGAAAGGCUGUUAACCCCGCCCCCGCCCCCCAGCCGUUUUCAUGUUAGCCCAGGGGCAUGUUGGGAUGUCUAUAAAUAUCUGUUCAAACCUUUUAAGACGAAGGCGCUUUCCUCUGACUGCCUCCUUGCGCCGGCCACCCAGCUGUCCCCUGGCAGCUGCUGCUCCUCCAGAAAUGCUACCCUCACCCCACCCCACCCCACCCCCUCACCCCACUCCUCUAAAUUUCCUCUGAGUCUCUCUCCUCCACCCUGUUCUGUGCUUUCCAAAUAAACCUAC